ACCAAUUAUAUUAACAAAUUGCUCAACUGUUGAAUCUCUUGGGCUGCGUUCUAAAACUCUACUCGACUGGUAGAGUAGUAUUUAAUUGAUCAAUAAGAACAAAGAUAACUAGGAUUUCUUUAUCAUAAUUGGUCAAUUAAAUGUACUCUCUAUCUAUCGAGUAGAAUUUUAGAACGCAGUCCUGAAUGCAGCCAAUAUUUGCCGCCUUGUCUAGUUAUUUAAAUGAGGUUAAAAAGUGAUAGAAUGAGAAAUUAUUUCUAAAAAAAAUAAAGGAUGUUUAUUGUGGUUUCGUUUAGUUUGUGAACAAAUUUAUGAGAAAAUGGAAUAUAAUAACAAUCAUAAAAUAAUAUUGCAAACUGUUAUUCAUGAAGGUGCUUUGAAAGAAGAUCGUGGAAAGGAAUUAGUUAAUACUUUAUUUGGACACAACAACACAGCGCAAAUAUUAAGCAGAAUAAAUACAAAGUUACAAUCUUUAAACAUGAUCAUAAAAUGUAUAAACUGUGAAGUCACUGGUCAAUUAUAUUGGGUUUUUGCAAGUAUAUCACAAGAAACUGUCAAAUUCCAACUAGAAUAUUCAGAGGCUGAAUUAGCUCUUCUGAAUAAUAUAUAUUCUGCAAUUGUUACUUCAGAUGAUGGUCAUGUGUCAAGUACAUGGUGCCUCAAUCUAUGUUCAUCGUUAAAUGUGAAAUUAUCUAAAGAUAAAGCUCAAACAUUUCUGCAAGAUAUGGUCGAAAAGAAAUGGUUGUUUUGUAAGAAUGGUCAAUACUACAUGGGGGUAAGAAGUAUUGGAGAGUUAUCUCAGUAUUUCAAAGACUCACAUGGAGAUAAACUUCACACUUGUACUUUAUGCAAGGAGGUCCUUUUUUAUGGUGAACAAUGUAAACAGUGUAAUAGUAUGACACAUAUUUAUUGCUUAAAUGCUUAUACAAGAGGUAAAAGAAAUUUAGGAUGCCCUAAUUGUAACAAUGUCUCAGAAUUUAAUAUUUUAAGUCUCAGACUUGAUAGUUCAGAUGAUAAUUCUGGUUUUGCAAUGGAUGAUGAAGUAGAAGUUUUAACCAGCCAGACAAAAGUAGCGAGUCGGAAGAAGGGAUUAAAGAGAAAACAUUAAUAUCGAGCACAUUUGCAUUUAAUAUGUUAUAAAAAUUAUUUUGGAUAUUGUAAUGUAAAUUAAAUAUAACUUUAUACAAAAGAAUUAUGUACAAUUCCUUGAAAUAAUACUAAACUAUAUUAUUUA